UCUUUUUUGCAUUACAAGUCUGGUUAAACUAGAUCACCGCAAAGCUCUCUUUUCUAACUUAUCCGAAUAUUUAUAGUCCAUAGAUUCCUUACCUAAAAAAAAAACACAGAUUACGAGUUGCUGAGAAAAUUGAAUUCCAAGAAAAUCAAAUCAAGUAAAAAAGAAAAAUGGCGAAACACGAAGAGCUACCAAUCCCAGUGUUCUCGUCGCUUGAGCCAGUGUACGGCGACGGUUCUCAAGUCGAAGAAGCUCAGCUUCGUUUCGACAAUUUCAAGUCCAAGUUUGUCCAAGUUUUCGGUCACGCUCCUCACGUUUUCGCUCGCUCUCCAGGGAGAGUGAACUUGAUUGGAGAGCACAUCGACUAUGAAGGUUACUCGGUGCUGCCAAUGGCGAUACGGCAAGACACGAUUGUGGCUAUUAGGAAGCACGAUGAGGGAGAAGGCGAAAAGGUUCUUAGAAUCGCAAAUGUUAGUGAUAAGUACCCUAUGUGUACGUAUCCCGCUGAUUUUGAUCAGGAAAUUGACUUGAAGAAUCACAGAUGGGGCCAUUAUUUUAUUUGUGGGUACAAAGGUUAUUAUGAAUAUGCUAAAUCAAAAGGAGUGAAUGUUGGUGAACCAGUUGGACUUGAUAUUCUUGUUGAUGGAACAGUUCCCACAGGAUCUGGACUAUCAAGCUCUGCAGCAUUUGUUUGCUCUUCCACAAUUGCGAUAAUGGCUGCUUUUGACGUAAACUUUCCUAAGAAAGAAAUUGCCCAACUUACAUGUGAAUGUGAACGACACAUUGGAACACAAUCCGGUGGAAUGGAUCAGGCAAUUUCUAUUAUGGCCAAAUCUGGGUUCGCAGAGCUGAUUGAUUUCAACCCUAUUCAUGCUACUGACGUUCAACUUCCUGCUGGUGGGACGUUUAUAAUAGCCCAUUCCCUGGCAGAAUCUCAGAAAGCAGUCACUGCUGCUACAAAUUACAAUAACAGGGUUGUUGAAUGCCGGCUGGCUGCUAUUGUGCUCGGUAUAAAGCUGGGAAUGAAACCACAAGAGGCAAUAUCAAAUGUAAAAACUCUUUCUGAUGUUGAAGGAUUAUGCAUAUCAUUUGCCAGUCCUCGUGGCUCUUCUGAUCCUGUACUCUCUGUCAAGGAAUUUCUGAAAGAGGAACCUUAUACCGCUGAAGAGAUUGAGAUAAUCACAGAGGAAAAGCUAACAUCAAUUUUUGGAGAUUCUCCAACUUCUUUGGAUGUGUUGAGUGCUGCCAAGCACUUUAAGUUACAUCAGCGAGCUGCUCAUGUUUAUUCUGAGGCCAAGCGGGUACAUGCCUUUAAGGACACUGUAGCAUCAGAUUUAAGUGAGGAGGACAAGCUAAAGAAGCUUGGUGACCUUAUGAAUGAGAGCCAUCACAGCUGUAGUGUUUUAUAUGAGUGCAGCUGUCCGGAGUUGGAAGAACUUGUACAGACAUGUCGGGAACAUGGUGCACUUGGGGCAAGGCUUACAGGAGCUGGAUGGGGUGGUUGCGCGGUCGCUUUGGUGAAAGAGAGCAUUGUUCCACAGUUUAUCCUCAAUUUGAAGGAACGCUUCUAUCAAUCAACGAUUGACAAAGGGACUAUUAACAAGAAUGAUCUAGGCCUCUAUGUUUUUGCUUCGAAGCCGUCAAGUGGUGCUGCUAUUUUCAAGUUUUAGUAUGAAUCACAUGGGGAUUAUAGGAACAGCCAGGUCUGCUAUUUACUUAAUUUAUGUUGAGAAACCUCAUGAAAUUCUUGUCUAGUUGAUUAAACUCUGAUCUUAUCAUUUUAAAAAUUGUUCUUGGAAUGGAAUUAUAUGGACCUCCUUUACAAAGAGACA